AUGGCGGAAGCUUCUGUAGAAUUUCUGCUACAAAAUCUGAAGGACCUGCUUUUAUACAAUGCUCAUCUGAUUCUUGACGUUAAGGAACAAGUGAAUUCGCUGUACAACAAUCUUGAUUUGUUCAAAUCCUUACUCAAGGAUGCUUCAAAAAUCCGGUACAAGAAUGAUUUCUUAAAAACUACAAUGAACCAAAUCAGAGACGUUGUAUAUGAAGCAGAAGAUAUUAUAGACAGAUUUGUUUCUGAGUCAGCUGCACGCAAGGCCCGGGGUAGCAUGGAGAAGGCUUUAAAUAUAUUUGAUCAUACCAAAAUGCUUCGACGUGUGGGGAAAGAGAUCGAGUCCAUCAGCGCUGAGGUGAAAAGGAUACAUGACGACAAGAAGGAGUAUGUAGUUAGGGCCCUGCAGCAAGAAGAAGAGGGACAUGCAGGAAGCAGAAAAAAAAGAGAGGCUCCCAUUGUAGAGGAAGACAACGUGGUGGGCUUUAAAGAUGAGGCAGAAAAAGUAAUCAAACUUCUCACUGGAGAAUCAGAGGAACUAGAAGUUAUAUCAAUUGUUGGUAUGCCUGGUCUUGGGUCAAUGAUCUUCAUUUGUACAAGCUCAAAAAUUCCAACUUCACAGGCAGAUAAUUCGAGAAAUAACAAUGCCAUGGAUGUUGAAUAA